GUCGCAGCGAGGAUGAACCAUGGCCAAGUCCGGCAAGACCAACCCCAUGCGCGAUUUGCGCAUCGAGAAGCUCACUCUCAACAUCUGCGUGGGCGAAUCCGGCGAUAGGCUCACUCGAGCAACUCGCGUGCUGGAGGCUCUCACCGACCAGAAGCCCCUCACUUCUACUGCUCGUUACACCAUCCGUUCCUUCGGAAUUCGCCGUAAUGAGAAGAUCUCUUGCCAUGUCACCGUUCGCGGCGAGAAGGCUGCUGAGAUUCUCGAGAGGGGUCUCAAAGUUAAGGAGUACGAACUUCGCGACCAGAAUUUCUCCGAGACUGGCAACUUCGGCUUCGGCAUCAGCGAGCACAUCGAUCUUGGCAUGAAAUAUGAUCCUUCUACUGGUAUCUACGGUAUGGACUUCUACGUUCAUAUGGGCCGCCCUGGUCGUCGUGUCGGUGAGCGCAAGAGAAAGUCUGCUCAUGUCGGUCGCCAUCACCGUGUUUCCGCUGAAGAGACGAAGGAGUGGUUUAAGAACAAGUACGAUGGCAUCAUCCUAAACUAAGCAGAGAAAUGCUCUUGCUGACUCACGGACCAUUUCCGCUGCGAAAAUAAAU